UUUAUAUAUAAAAUAUAUAUUUAAAAGAGAACGUUAGUUUAAUGAGUAAUGCCAAAUGACAAUUUAGAAGUGGACCAUAAUAUCGAUAACAGAUCGUUAAUAAUCUAUAUACUACAAGUAUAUAUACUACAACUAUAUAUAAAAUGCCAAAUAUAUAAAUUUAAUAUUUCAUUAGGUGUGUGUGUGUGUAGUAAGAACGCUCGCGUAUGACAGUGGCUGGCAUCGAACUUACGAACGUCCCAAAAUGAAUAAUCUAAUAUACUUAUAAACAUACAAAAUUAGCGCACAUCCUUUGACUAGAUGCUUGACAAAGUUUCUAUCCCUAAUUGUUACAAAGAAAGUAUGCUUAAAAUUUAAUUUGAGACACUUGGCCAAAGAUAUGCUGGAUGUAGUGCUGAACUUCCUGAUUAAGUAUGUAAUAUGGCUAAAUUAUCAAUUCAUGCGAACAUACAAACAUAUGUACAUACAUACAGCACUCACAAACAUCCAUGCAUAUGUAUGUUCAUAAUUGUAGGGAUGACAUCUCGGUGGAGCAUCUUAGCAACAUCGCAAGCGCGGCAACACCCUAUUUUGCUCACCCUGCCAAAAGGGAGCCGUGUAAAUAUGAGUAUAUUUUUUUCAUAUCCCAGACCAUGAUGGACAAAUUUAUUGUGUUAUGCUUCCUUCGGUAGCAAUCUUUUGUGAAACGUUUUCUCUGUUGUUGUUGUAGCUUCCUUGUUUUCGUUGUAUUCGUUUGUAAUUUUGUGCCAACAGCGACGAGGUGGUUGGCCCUGCUAACACCAAUACUAACAAUCGACCAGGGCUUUAUCGCAUGGGUUCGCAUGAUGUAGAUGCCGAAGUGAUGCGAAGUUUUGUGUGUGGAAAAUCCUGCAAUGCCAUAAGGCAAAGGCUAAAGUCAGAGCAUUUUACGAAAGUAGUAUCAGUUGUUUGACAUUGUUCCUGGCAAAAGGUUGUCCUGACGGCUGACAUUGCGUAUACUCCAGUUGGACACCAAAUACUCACACAAACAAAUUGCUCACAACCAGUUUUGGUAUACCCACAAAAUCAGAAAAUAUUUUUAUAGAAAAGUUACCUAAUCGUUUUGAAAGUGUAGAAAUAUUAAAGUUUGGUUCAAAGUGUUCAAAAACAGAUGGAGAAAGUGAUAUUGGUUAGAUGUGUUGAAUAAUUGGAAAAGUUAAUAUAUUUAAAAUAUAUACAAUGUGCAUGCUCUCAUAUAUGUAUAUUUUCUAAGUGAUCUUAUGUAAAAUUUGCGAAACGUAAGCAGUGAAUGUGAAAAGAUUUUGAAACCUCUUUCGUAGAAAUAUAAAUAUUUUAGUAAAAGUAUGGACUAUAUAUGUAUGAACAAGAAUAGAAUUUAAUUCGAGAUACAAAAGUUUAGUGGUCGAUCCUGCACGUACACCUUCAGUGAAUUUUAUAUCUGCAUACAUACAAAAAUAUAUUAAAAAAAUCUGAGAAAAAUUAAAAGUUCAAAGUUAUUUGGAAACUUAAUUAAAUAAUUAUUCACUUUAAUACAUAAAAAUUAUAUAAUCUCUAAACUAAAAUGGCACAAUUCGUAACACACAUACAACCGACGUUGCUGGAGGCCUCGCAGGGCCAUGUACCUCAUCACCAUGGCCAUCAGGUUGGUAUGCAACACACAUCACAUUUGCCUCAUAGCGGUCAUAACAUGCCAUCGCCGCCAACAUCGCACAAUCAUCACCCGCAUUCGCAUCAUCAGCAGCAUCAGCAACAUCAGCCGCAUCAGGAACAACAAUACCACAACCACCGCCAUAGCCCACCAUCGCAACUGUCGUCUCCGCCAAGUGGCGCACCCAUACACCAUUAUCACAUGGGCAAACAUGGGGCCAAGCAUGAGCACUUUGGACAUCACAGCUCUGGCGAUGGAAACACGUCAUUUUUACGCGCUGCCCGAGCUGGUAAUCUAGAACGAGUUUUGGAACAUUUAAAAAAUAAUAUUGACAUUAACACCAGCAACGCUAAUGGCUUGAAUGCACUGCAUUUGGCUUCAAAGGAUGGACAUACGCAUGUCGUUUCGGAGCUGUUGAAACGUGGCGCUAUUGUAGAUAGUGCAACAAAGAAGGGCAACACAGCAUUACAUAUUGCUUCGCUGGCUGGGCAGGAAGAGGUGGUGAAACUCUUGCUUGAACAUAAUGCUGCCGUGAAUGUACAGUCGCAGAACGGCUUUACGCCACUCUAUAUGGCUGCGCAGGAGAACCACGAUUCUGUAGUAAAGUUGCUACUGGCCAACGGUGCCAAUCAAAGCUUGGCUACUGAAGAUGGGUUCACGCCGCUGGCAGUAGCUAUGCAGCAAGGACACGACAAAGUCGUCGCCGUGCUCUUGGAGAGCGAUACACGCGGCAAGGUGCGCUUGCCUGCAUUGCAUAUUGCGGCGAAGAAAGACGAUGUGAAGGCCGCCACACUACUUUUAGAUAACGACCACAAUCCUGACGUCACUUCCAAAUCUGGCUUUACACCGUUGCACAUUGCUUCCCACUAUGGCAAUCAAGCCAUCGCUACCUUACUCAUUCAAAAGGGUGCCGACGUCAAUUUCGCCGCUAAACACAAUAUCAGUCCGUUGCAUGUUGCUGCAAAAUGGGGUAAAACCAACAUGGUUUCCUUGCUGUUGGAGAAAGGUGCUAACAUAGAAGCCAAAACACGCGAUGGUUUAACCCCGUUGCAUUGUGCGGCUCGUUCCGGUCACGAGCAAGUUGUCGACAUGCUAUUGGAACGUGGCGCCCCGAUUAGCGCUAAAACGAAGAACGGUCUCGCACCGCUGCAUAUGGCAGCGCAGGGUGAGCAUGUAGAUGCCGCUCGCAUUUUGCUCUACCAUCGUGCACCCGUUGAUGAAGUCACCGUGGACUAUUUGACGGCGCUACAUGUGGCAGCGCAUUGCGGGCAUGUGCGUGUCGCUAAGCUAUUGCUUGAUCGCAAUGCCGACGCCAAUGCACGUGCACUCAACGGUUUCACGCCGCUGCACAUUGCCUGCAAAAAGAAUCGUAUAAAGGUGGUGGAGUUACUGCUGCGCCACGGCGCUAGCAUUAGUGCCACAACAGAGAGCGGCUUGACGCCGCUGCACGUAGCGGCUUUUAUGGGCUGCAUGAAUAUUGUCAUCUACUUGCUGCAACAUGACGCUAGUCCAGAUGUGCCGACCGUGCGCGGGGAGACCCCACUCCAUUUGGCCGCACGAGCAAAUCAGACUGAUAUUAUACGCAUUUUGCUGCGCAAUGGUGCUCAAGUGGAUGCACGUGCACGUGAACAGCAAACACCGUUGCAUAUCGCCUCGCGACUCGGUAACGUAGAUAUUGUCAUGCUAUUGCUGCAGCAUGGCGCUCAAGUGGAUGCCACCACCAAAGAUAUGUACACUGCAUUGCAUAUUGCGGCCAAAGAGGGUCAGGAUGAGGUCGCUGCCGUUUUGAUCGAAAAUGGCGCAGCUUUGGAUGCUGCUACGAAGAAGGGCUUCACACCAUUGCAUUUGACAGCCAAAUAUGGUCACAUCAAGGUUGCUCAAUUGUUGUUGCAAAAGGAGGCCGAUGUGGACGCACAGGGGAAAAACGGAGUUACACCAUUACAUGUGGCCUGUCACUAUGAUAAUCAAAAGGUCGCUCUUUUGCUGCUGGAGAAAGGUGCCAGCCCUCAUGCUACAGCUAAAAAUGGGCAUACACCGUUACAUAUUGCAGCACGUAAAAAUCAAAUGGACAUUGCUACAACACUUUUGGAAUACGGCGCACAGGCUAAUGCCGAGAGCAAAGCCGGUUUCACACCAUUACAUUUGAGCUGUCAGGAGGGGCAUGCUGAGAUAUCGAAUUUGCUAAUCGAGCACAAGGCCGGUGUAAAUCAUCCUGCCAAGAAUGGCCUUACUCCAAUGCAUUUGUGUGCUCAAGAAGACAAUGUGAAUGUUGCCGAAAUUUUGCAACGCAAUGGCGCCAACAUCGUCAUGGCCACAAAAGCCGGCUAUACACCACUGCAUGUUGCCGCACAUUUCGGUCAGGCAAAUAUGGUGCGCUUUUUGUUGCAGCACGGCGCUAAUGUAGACGCGGCCACAUCUAUCGGUUAUACGCCAUUACAUCAAACUGCUCAGCAAGGACAUUGUCAUAUCGUUAAUCUGCUUUUGGAGCAUAAGGCGAAUGCCAACGCUCAGACGGUCAAUGGGCAGACCCCGUUACACAUUGCACGCAAACUGGGCUACAUAAGCGUUUUGGAUUCGUUGAAGUCGAUUACAAAUGAGCCGGAUGCGGCAGCACAAACUCAAACCGAUGAGAAGUAUCGUGUCGUUGCACCGGAGGCAAUGCAUGAGUCAUUUAUGUCCGAUUCGGAAGAAGAAGGCGGUGACACAAACGAUUGGGAUCCUUGUUAUGGCAUUAAGGGUGAUCAAAAUACGAAUGAAGACCACGUUUACCUUCCAUAUUACCAGGGCGAAGCAUUCUUUAUGUCUAGCGAAGAUAAUAUGUUAUCCGAUCAGCCUUACCGUUAUUUGACAGUUGAUGAAAUGAAAUCCUUAGGCGAUGACUCCUUGCCAAUCGAUGUUACACGUGAUGAACGCAUUGACUCCAAUCGCAUGAUGACCCACAGUGCUGAGUAUGCUGGUGGAGUCGGGGCCCCAUCGCAACCGCAGGCCAUCGCAGAAGAGCUUAUAAGUCCACACAAGGCUCAAGUACAUGGCAUUGGGAAAUCUUUUGUGGACGGUAUUUAUAUGAGUAAUGGUCUUAAUGAGGAACAAAAAUAUAUGGGCCGAAAGCUUUCCUGGAAAAGUUUCCUUGUAUCGUUUCUGGUGGAUGCUCGUGGAGGCGCCAUGCGUGGCUGUCGUCACAGUGGCGUACGCAUGAUUAUACCUUCGCGCUCCACUUGCCAGCCGACGCGUGUAACUUGUCGUUAUGUUAAACCUCAACGUACCAUGCAUCCACCGCAGCUAAUGGAGGGCGAAGCUUUAGCCAGUCGUGUGUUGGAGCUGGGUCCUGUGUCCACCAAAUUUAUUGGUCCUGUUAUCAUGGAAGUACCACAUUUUGCUUCGCUUCGCGGCAAAGAACGCGAAAUUAUCAUCUUGCGCUCAGAUAAUGGCGAAACCUGGCGAGAACACACCGUCGACAAUUCGGAAGAAAUCAUGCAUGAUGUGUUGCAACAAUGUUUUGAACCCGAAGAAAUAGCACAACUUGAGGAGCAAGGUGGCAAUCAUGUUUGCCGAUUUGUUACCUAUGACUUUCCACAAUACUUUGCUGUGGUCUCACGUAUACGCCAAGAGGUGCAUGCCAUCGGACCCGAAGGAGGAAUGGUAUCCAGCACAGUGGUGCCUCAAGUGCAGGCUGUUUUCCCGCAAGGUGCACUCACCAAAAAGAUCAAAGUGGGCUUGCAGGCACAACCAGUCGAUCCAGAUCUGACUGCUAAACUACUUGGCCGCGGUGUGGCCGUAUCGCCGAUUGUAACGGUUGAGCCACGACGCCGCAAAUUCCAUAAGGCCAUCACAUUGAGCAUGCCUGCACCCAAGGCACAUAGCCAGGGUAUGAUAAAUCAAUAUUCCGGCAAUACACCCACGCUACGACUACUCUGCUCCAUAACAGGUGUGUUUCGGAAAAGAUCUCUAAAAGGUGGACCGUCUCGCGCGCAAUGGGAAGACGUUACCGGUUCCACACCGCUGACCUUCGUGAAUGAUUGUGUUUCGUUUACGACUACUGUUUCUGCACGAUUUUGGUUAAUGGACUGCAGGAACAUUUCCGAGGCUACCAAAAUGGCAACCGAACUAUACAAGGAGGUAAUACAUGUGCCAUUCAUGGCCAAGUUUGUAGUCUUCGCAAAGAAAGUGGAACCCUACGAAGCACGUUUGCGUGUGUUCUGCAUGACCGAUGAUCGUGAGGAUAAAACUCUAGAAAAGCAAGAACUCUUUACAGAAGUUGCCAAGAGUCGUGACGUUGAGGUGCUGGAGGGGAAACCACAAUAUAUUGAAAUGGCGGGUAACUUAGUACCAGUCACUAAAUCUGGUGAUCAAUUGCAAUUACAAUUCAAAGCGUUUCGGGAGAAUCGUCUACCAUUCACUGUACGUGUGAAGGAUCAACACGCUGACAUUGUUGGACGUACAUUAUUCAUGAAGGAACCAAAAGUUGCCAAAGGCGAGCCACCGCAACAUCCCAUCUGUAUUUUGAAUAUCGUGUUACCGGAUAUUGUUAUACCGGACACAACUACCGAAUUCAGUGAUAAGAUCACUACCACCUAUCGAAGCUCCCUAUUUAGUUUAAGUAAACAUCAGAAUGAUCACUAUAUCGGCGAUAUACGUAUUGUGGAUUUGUCUAAUUUGCUAGGCAAGGAUUGGAUACAAUUAGCCUCUGAAAUCGGUAUAAGUACGGAGGAGAUUGAUGACAUAAUAAAUCAAAAUACUGAUAGUAUUGCGCGGCAGGCCCAAAGCAUGAUCCGUCUAUUCAAGGAUAAACCAAAUUAUGAUAUUCACGCCUUAGAAGAUGCGCUCAAAAAUAUUGGACGUGAGGAUAUUAUGAAGAAGUGUAAAAGUGGGCGACUUUCGCAUUCGCGUGACUUUGACGAAACUGAUAUUAUGAAGAAUUCCGAAUCGGUGGAGGAGCUUGUGCGACAAGAGAGUAAACGGAUUCAACAGAUUCACGAUCUCGAGGAAGUUAAAUAUUCGGCCGAAGAGAAGGAAGUGGAAGAGUCCGAAUCAGAAGAGGAAAUCACGAAGCGUACAGUUGCUGAACGACGUGAGAAAAUUGUGAAACGACUCUCAAUAGAACGACAAAUACCUGCUUCAUCACAGAAGAAAGAGAUCUCACGCGAAAUUUCCGAAAUAAAACGUAAGAGCCUUAUCGAGGAUAAAAAGGCUAUACAUGAAUCGGAAAUCAUGAUGCAAUUACCAACAGAUAACAUAGUUAAGUCAACCGUUGCUCCCGACCAAGUAAUGAAAAUGAAAAUGGGUAAAAUGGAUUCUGCUGAGAUAAGUAAAAGUGAUUUUGAUAAGGAAUUGACGCACAAAUUAAAGACAUCCGGACGGAGUUCUGAAGAGGAAGAUUCAAUAACAGAAUACAAGAACGUUGAGGACGAUGAAAAUUUGAAAGUAGUACAAGAUAUCAGCGGAGUCGAAAAGUCAAAGAAGCGCCAGGACUCGCCGAUAGAGUCAGGACAAGAUACAACUAAGCAACUAACCGCAGACUUCUUAAAUGCUGAAAAGCAGACUCAACUUCCAGUCGAUAUAACAUUUAGUGAGAAGUUUGUUGAAGAGGUAAAGGAAAAAGAAAUGAAAAGUACCGAAUUGGAUGAGAAAUCGAGUCAGAAGAUUGAAAAAAUUAUAUCUGUAUUUGAGGGUGGCAAAUCUGACGAGAAAGAUGGCACUGUUAGCAAAACGUCCACUAUAACGGAAACCAUUCAAUUUGUCACGGAAGAUAAAGUAAAGGGUACCUCCAUUGAGGACAAAAUUGCUGAUUUCGAAGCAAAAGGAGUUACUUAUGAUAUGAAAUCAGUGCUACCAAAAGAUGUAAAGAAACACGAAGAUACACACGAAGCACACCAAGAACCCGUUAAGUCAUUUGAAAAAAUAUUAACAGAAGAUUUUUUAGCGAUAGAACAAAAGUCUCACAUGUCACCAGUAAUUAAAUCUAUUCAAGAAAUUACUACUGCCGUUCAAUUAGCAAAAGAUAAUGCAAGUAUAAUAGAAACCGCCCUAGCAGCUCCAGUUGCCGAAAAGAGAACAUCACUUUCUGAGAAAGCGUCAGAGCCAAUAACACGUUCAUCUAUUGAAACACAAUCAUCAAAAUUCAUUAAACCAGAUGACAAAGAAGUGCAGGUCUUUCCUAAAACCACAGAAAUUAUAAAAGAGUUCGAGAAACAUAUUGAAAAAGGUAACGAAAUUGAUACCACUGAGUUCUCAUAUAUGGAACAGAGACCACAAAAGGAAAUAUCGAAAAAAGCAACUGAAUUUGUAACUACCACGGCAGAAGUGAUUGAAACAACGGCUGCUUCUUUGGAAAUUACAACUGACUUAGAAUUGCCAGUGAACGAAACAGAAAGAAAGAAAGCUCAAUUAAAAGAAGCCAAAAAUGAAUGGGAUGAAAUAACAAUAACGGGUAUUCAAAAAAUCUCAGGUGAUCUCACAAAACCAGAGAAUAUAGAAGAUAAAUUGGCAACUGAGCCGAAGACUACAAUUUUCAAAAGCAAGGAUAGCUCAUCUAAACCAGAAAGUGUAGCAAAGACUGAAUUAAUUAAGACCACGACAUAUUUGGAUAAAAGUGAAGGGAAAGUGAUUAAGGAAAGUAAAGUCGAUGAUUUGAUAGGACUCGCUAAACAAAGGAAAGGCGUGAAAGAAACUCAAAUAGAAAUCUUCAAGGAGUCUGCAGAGCUAAGCGAAAUAGAAGUAGAACCAAAAACGGUAAAAACCACAAAAAUAUUAAAUAUAUUUGAGACGGAAUCAGAUUCUUCCACAAGUCAAUCAGCAGUUGGUGAUAUUCCAGAUGACACAAAAAUCCCUUUAGAAGUAUUGAAAUCUGACAAUGCCCUUAUCAAAGAAAUAUCCACAAUUGAGACCAAGGAAUUAAGUAGUGAUUUUUCAGGUGACGAAAAAGAUCAAUUAGACAUGAGGCUUGACAGCACUAAACAUGAAAACACUACCAAAAAAUUUACCCAAGAUUUCUUGGUAAUGGAGCAGCAAAUGCAAUUGCCAUAUUCCAAUGAAUCCCCAGCCGACGAUGAAGAACUUAAGCUUUUAAAAUCGGCCACACACACAGUCGUGCCAUCUAUUUUAAGUUCAACUAUUGUUCCUGUUAUACCGACUGAUUUGAACGUUAAGCAAGAGGCAACAUCAUUGGUAGACGUACGCGCAACUGUACCAGAUACUGCAUCGAGGGAAGUACAGCCCAAUAUGGAUACACAUACAGUCGUAAUGAAAAGCGCCAUGAGUGACCUGAUCAAAUCAACCAGCGUUAUAAUGGCGACGGUACCGAAAGUUUCAACAGAGGAGGCUAUUAAAUCAUUGGACGAAAGUCUUACAGGUAUCAAAAGUGAUGAGAAGCCUGUUCUACUUCCGACUGCUUCGGAGGAAUUCACGCAAGGUAGCCAGCCAGAGACAACUUCAAUUGAUUUGGAACCAGAAAUUAUAAUUGAUGAGAAAACCACAACACUCAAGAUGAGUUCAGCAGUAACGGAUACGGUCAAAGAAGAGAGUAUAAAACUUGUAGAAUCCAUUAAAAAGCUAGAAGAAACCAUACAGAUAGUCGAUAAGCAUCAAGAAGACGGCAUCGAAUUGGCCGCUCCUGUAAAUGAGACUGACAAAGUAUCAGCAGUAGGUAUAAGAAAACUAACCGAAGAUUUCCUCACCAUAGAGCAAACAACACAGUUUUCAAUAAGCACCAAACCCGUGAGAGAAACAAUCGCAACUGACGGUUAUGAAAAAACUACAAUACCAACAAUGUAUGAAAAACCAGAAGUGACCGCAGAUUCAUUCAGCAGCUUGCAAUCGGCUGGUCUGAGCGAGGAAAUUACUAAAAUAGUAACGGAGGCAGCAACGAAAAUCGAUGCCAUUAAAAUGACGAAUGACUUCUUAGCCACAGAACAGAUCGCACAAUUACCAGCCGUUAAACAUUCAAGUGAUCAAAUUGCAGUUCAACUUGAAACACAAAUUUCGCCAAAGUCGGUUGAUGAGCUUGCAACACCUGCGCCUGUGGAACCACGCAAAUCUAUAACCCUGACCGACGCUGAAUUUUGUAAGUCAGUUGAAGAAACGAUCACAAAGAAGAUGAGUGCGGGACAAAUUGAAAUUUGUGACGAGCUCAAAACUAGCGCGAGCGACAUACCACAUUCUCAAACCCCACCGCCAACUCCGAUUGAUACUAGAACUGAUAGACAAGAAGAAGAAUCCUUAUCACAGGCUAAAUUCGCUGAAAAAGAUAAUUUGUCUGACACUGUGGUCACUUUGCACAAGACCACAGAAUCGACAUUCGAACGUGUUUCGGGAAUUUCAAAAAUCGAGACCAUAGAAGAAAAGCUCGUUUUAGAUGAGGAUUCGUUCCGAAAUAUUGGCGACGCCGUUAAAGAACGUAUCAUUUACUCAGCAGCCGAAGAUAAUGAUAUAGAAAAAUUAAUAGAUUUUAAUGCAGACGCUGAUGGAAGCAAAGAUAAUGAUAUUUAUAAAUAUAGUGCUGUGGAAGAUAAUGAUGAAAAAUACUCUGAUGACGAUGAUGAUGAUGAUGAAGAUAGAAGUAGAAAGGCUGGAGGUGAAAAGCACAUCGAUUUUGAUGGCAACAUACGCAAAGAGGCUGCAGUGCUGAUUGAUAACGUGCUUGAAGAGAGCAUUAACAUUAUUAGCACUCGACAGCAGCAGCAGCAUCAGCAACAAGAAGCCAAUGGCAAUGAUUCACUUAAGCAGGAAUAUAAUUCAGAAAGUGAAAAUUAUGCUAUAACUUGUGAUGAUAUUGGUGGCUUGGAUGUCAUUAAAUCGCCAACUAUUGAAUCAAUGUCUGGCAAAUCGUUCGACGACAAUAUGAGCUUUACUGAUGAGCAGUGGCUUGGCUCGCAGCACCAAACUCAAGUCAGUGCAAUGCCCGGCGUUGCAACCACAACAAUCACCACCACCAACAUAUCACAGCAGCAAAAUCGGUCACAUGAUCUUAUUAAUUCUAAAGUUGGCUUUAAGCCGAUAACAGCAACAGAAACUAUAACUACAUUAACAAAAACAAAUACUACGCAAGUUGGUACAACACUACAUGAAGCUGUAACAUUUAGUGGUAGUGGUGGCAUAAGUGAUGUUGAUGCUACUGAUGCUGUUGUUGAAGAAGCAGACUGGAAGACGAAAGGUACUAGCGAUCCCAAGCAUGUUACAGAAGAUUCGGGCGUUGCAAAGUCUCGGCGCAUUGAUCACAAAUUCGAAAAGCUCACAUCACAUUUCGCUGAUAUUGACGAGCAAGCAUCGGCGUUCGAUGCGAAUUUCGAUACGAUGGUGCAGGACGAUGAGAUAAGUAAUUUGCAAAGUGAUUUUUCGAAAAUGAGUUGGGACGAUAGUGUGUCGCCCACGACGAACACUUUGGGCGAAAUCGGUCAAAAUACUCCAGAUAACGAUAUUCAAGACAUUGCAACAGAGACAGGCUUUGAAUUCGCUAAAUCAUCCGAAACCACUCCAGUACCAACUAGUGCGCCGACAUCUGCAACAACUGGACAUGAUGCACCCACACCAAAGCCACGCGCCGCCAAAUCAAACUCACCCGUGAGAGAUAUUGGCGACGACUUUAUGCAAUAUCAAAAAAGCGAUGAUGCACACAGCAUUACCGACUCCUCUGAAAUCUUACCCGACCUGUCGAUAUCUGCUCCCGUGCCCAGGCCCCGUUUACAAAUGAAACCGACUGACUCUUUCAAGAAUUUAGCUGCUCUAGUAAACGAACAGUCAGAUAGUAUUAGCCUGCGUAGCUUGGACCUGACCGACGAUAUUUCGAAAACAGAUGAAGUGUCAACAGAAGUCUCAAUUAAAUCAUCACAUGCACGGGAUUACCCCACAACUACAACCAUUACAACGGCUUCCGAGGAUCGUACAGAAUCACUGGAACCAACUAGUGAGAUUUCAGUAGAUGACGCCGAAGCCGAUACGGAAAAGUCUGAGCUUUCUGAAGGCAGAUCAAAAACGAGUUUCUAUAUUGGAGAAUCCAGCCGUAAUGUCAUAAUUAAGACAACGCCAACAAAACCAGACACUGAUAUAGCGUCUUCCCCACAAACAGCAACUACAAAAGAUCAAGCCUUCGAGGAAACAAUCGAAGCGAAGGAUGUCGCAUUAAUGAAGGAGAUUUCUGUCGAUUCAGAUGAAAAUAAUGAUGUAUUUAAGGAAUUCGUAACAAUGAAGCGUGAAACAGAUGAAGGAGAAAGCAAAAUAGUACGUCAAGGUUCGGAAACAAGAAAUGACUUGCUAGAACAAGAACCAACAAAGGAAAAGCAAGAUGAUGCGAACAAUUCUUGUGCAACUUUUGUAAUUACAGCUGAUAUUUGCCAACCACCCGAUGAAAAAAGAGAAACCAUUUUAAGGCAACCAGUGGACGAUUAUGAACCUUUGAAGUUAGGUUCCGCAAAAUCCGACAAACUCGACUUGCAACUAGAAAAGAGUGAAUGGGAAACAACAGAGAAGGAAAUCCCAAUAGCUAAACCUAAAGUGGUACAUUCUCCACAGCAACUGAGUGAAUUGCCGGGAGCUUUGAUUGAUGAGCAAAUGGUUGCCAGAACCUUGGAGGAAGCGCAGGAAUCAUUGAAUGCGGCAAACAACGAGCUGAAGUUCAUAGUGAAGGAUGGUAAAUCAAUUAAAGAGUCGCCAUCCGAAUUUGAAUUUCGUUCGAUUUCAAAUACACUUAUUAGCUCAGAGAAAAAAGAAAAAAAUGUGACAGACGAAAUCGUUAUGCAAAAGGAAAUUAAGGAGCCUAAAUUCAUGGAGGAGGAAUAUAUUUCAUCAUUUAUAGGAAUACCAGAUAAUGUUAAGGAAACUCAGCCUCCAUCAACAUUUGAACCAACAAAACUGUAUGAGGUUACUUAUGAAGAAACAACAAAAGAAACACUGAAUAAAAAAGCAGUAUUUACACAUUAUGCUCAAGGUAACGUUGAUGAUGUUAAGGAUGAGUUAAAAGAUGAACACGGUUCGCUAGGCUUUAUAUCUACAGGCACUGCAGAUGACUACAGCUCUAUGGAAGCAUACGCAGCUAAAGAAGAACAUGCUUCCCUUGGUUUUGUUUCAACUGAAACUGUCGAAGAUUUUAGCUCAAUGGAAGAUUAUUAUCAGGAAAAAAUAGCUAAAGCUAGUUUUGUAACAGAAGAAGGAGAUCUGACUUGCAAAUCACCAGUAGAAGUUACCAAGCUCGGUGAUACAGGAGUAUUUUCGGAGAUAUGUACGGAACAAACAAUGAAACCAUUUGAGGAGGUUACGCAUCGCAUCAAGUCUGAAACUGGCUCUGUUGAUGUCACGAAUAGAUGGUCGGUACCUGAAAUUGACCAAUCGAGCUCCAGCGAGAGUUACUACAAAAGUUUUGAUAAAAACGACAGUCGGCCAUUAUCAUCCGAUGUCGAAAAUUUACUGACCCAAGGAAAUUCUUCAGAAUAUCAAACAGCAUUGGAUGUGUCAUCGGUAACGCGUGAGGCAACCGAAUACAUAAGCGCAGUUAGUACACUUGAGAGUAGCAGUGGCAAGACGAUAAGCUCGCACGAAAGCAUGAAGAGUUUCGAUUCGCAAUCCGAAACAUCCGGUAAUUUAGGAAGUAUCGAUGUUUCAGAACUAUCGGAAACAUUGGUAGCUUCCUCUACAGAACCUGAUGCUUUGGAAGCUGAGGAAUUGUCGCGUAUUCGUGACUUGCGCGACGAUGAUGAGGAUAGUGAUGAAAGUCUCGAUAUUCAAGAUUACAGUAAAACCGAACAACAAAUGCAAAAAUCACUGAUGAAACGUUCACAAGAAAUGAUAUUUAAACCAAAAAGCGAGGAGGCCAAACCCGAAGAAAAGCAUUUCGAAAGCGUUAUGGUUGAAGAAUUUCCUAAACCUAAGGAAGUAGAAAAAACUUGGGGUUUAGCUUAUCCUAUGGAUGAAGCUAAAAUAGACGAUGGAAUGGAUACAGAUCGGCCUGAAGAUACUUUUCUCUAUCACAGUGACAUGAGACGUUCCCUUGACGAUUCUAAACUAGCUUCUAGCUUAGAUGAGGGUAGCAUACUUUCGGUUAGCAUGUCAAGUACAUCAAAUAUAGAAACUGUUGUAGAGAACUUUGAAGAUAUGAUUGGGUCAGCUGGUUCUUCUUCGUUAACUGGCAUUGAGGCUUUUGGUUUUCCACACGAUGAACAAGUAUCUUCAGUUCACGAGCAUGAAGACACAUUUAUCAUGGAAAUCGACAGCAAGGAACAUUCUCCACAAGACUCUGCCGCUACAACACCACCUGGUGAAUCUCGUAAACGCGGUCACAAGCGCAGUGAAAGUACUUCAAUCACUGGUGAUGUUUUAAAAUCCAUUACGGAUAAGGAUCUACCGGUAGUGGGGGAAAAUAAGGAAUCUGAAAGCGAAUCGGAUACAGAUCCAUAUGAAUCUGAGUACACCAGACAGUUUCGCUCACCCAACGAACGAAAGAAUAAUAAAAAGAAGAAACAAGCAGCCGCUGAAAUGGAUCAUAGCUUUGACCUCGAAAAACGUCCAUUUACUCCCUCACAACUUGUGGCUGAGGUUAUAGUUGAGGAUAGCGCUACUGAGGAAAUGGAAGCCGAGGCUAUUGAAGAGGAACGUCGACCUUCGCAAAACAUGCAAGACUACUCAAAUAUACCAGAUAUAAUGGUAACCGAGGACUACCAAAAGUCGCCAAGUCUAGAAGAAAAUGCGGAGGGUUUUGAAGAGAAAUCAUUAUACAAAGUGAAAACACAAGAGGAAUUACACAAAGCUGCCGAUGAACCUCUACACCAGAAGAAACAUAUGGAUAAGAGCGAAGAUACAUUUCAAAAACUAGUACAAGAACAGUACAAGCAAAAGCUUGCUGAUCUUCAACGACCACAAGCUGGCGAUAUAGACUACGAUGACUAUGAUAAGGCACCAGAUUCACCAGACUCUUUUGAAAUGAUUGAGCAACCAGAUAUUUCUGACGAUUUUGUGAUAAUCGAAGAGGUGGCUAAAGAAGCCGAUGAGGCUGAUUUGGGUGGAAAGAGCAUUAAAAUCCAGCCAACGAAACAUGAAUCAAAACAUGAUGAAGAUGUUGAAAAAAUUAUCAUAAAAUCUGCUCCGGCCGAUCCCAAAUUAGGAUCGCAAAUUUUUCGAGAUGAUCUAAACUUCGAAUUCGAAGAAAGUCCGCCAACUGCGGGAAGCAGCAGCGAUCCACAGGAAGAAAGCGAUUCGGGAGACAUGGCUGCUUCGAACAAACGAUGGGUUGAAAUGCAGCUUACAGAUUCACAAUUGCGUUAUCCAUACGACAUUACCGGUGGCGUAUUAGAAGAUAUCAAGGAAGAGGAUGGUGAAUUCGAAGUGGGUAGUAGUCGUAUAAGCAGUUUUAAAGACUCCUUCUCCAGUACACCCGAGUAUGAUGCUAUGACAGCAAGACGAUAUUACGCACGUGGUGAACAUGACGAUUUGUCUAUGAACAGCUUGCAAGAAUUCGAAUCGCUAGAACAGGCAAUUUCCUUAGAGAAUCGCAAUAAAACGCAUCAAGGCUCAACGGACUCUAGCAACGGUAGUUUCACCCGCCGCUACAUGGUGCGUCAUAGUGGUAGUGGCGCCGCACAAGGCGAUGAUAUAUCAAUUUCAAGUCUUAAAGAAUUCGAAGGUCUGGAGAAUGCGUGUAUAGAAGCACAUUUGAUUGAGAUAAAAGCCAAGGAAGAAGCUGCUAUGCUUUCCCGGUCGGACGACUCUAACAAGUCAAACGAAAGUGAUAAGGAAAAUGGUGCAAGCAAUAUUGUUGUAAACAAAGUAACACGUACAGUAACUCGAACCGAGGUGCUGCCGGUACAGCAGCAAACUAUUGAAGCGCUGCUCAAACAGAAACUGGAAGAAUGUGAAGGCCGCGAGUCAAUGACAAAAAUUACAGAAAUGUCAACAGAGCCAUUGGAGGGGAAAAUGAAGCUGGAUAAACAGGAUUCGGAGAAGGGCAGUGUAGAUAGUUUGGAAAUAAACAAAAGUCUCGAUAUGCGUUCUAGCAGCAUUGGCAGUUUCGAAAUUUCAAAAGAUGCUACUACACGUUCGGACAUCGACUCGUUGGAAACUGACCGUAAACAACCUACCCGUGAGGAGAGCAUCGAUUCAAUGGAAAACGAGCAGUUCGAUCUAUUGGCAAGAUUUCCAACAGGCGAAACCACACUUGGCGAAGGUCUGACAACAACAACAACAACCACUACUACCACUACAGAUGCCGAGGGACAUGAACACAUCGUGACACAGACCAUCACUACAACCACAAGCGCAAGCGGCAGUGCAAAUUUAGAUUUCCCCUCGGGCCAACUUCACAAAGACAUAUCGGCAGACUCACUUUGCAUUGAACAAACUAAUACGAGCUCAGCCGGCACCACUGCAACUUAUCAGACCAGUGCUGGAAAUUCGCAAAUGUCAGGGAGUGUUACCAGUUGUGCAUCCAGUACACUCAUGGAGGACUCCUAUCCGGGUGCAAACUCUAGUCUAACAUCAUCUAGCUUUUGGUCACACGAAGAAUCAACGGUUGUGGAAGAUAAGAAUGUGUUGGAGGAAGUAUUGCUGGAAGAUGCUGAGGCACAAAUACGGCGUCAAGCUCAACAUCGACAAGAAUACGACGAUCAGCACUAGACGACGUGGAAGAUAGAAAACGAUAAUGCAAUUAGAAAUAAACGACACGCAUAAAUAUACAUAAUUAAGGGAUUACAAGCUUUUUAUACAUACAUCAGUGGUUAGAUUUAAUUAAAUAAACGCAAAUGCUUGCUUUAUUAUUGGUGAGCAGGCGAAAGUAAUGGCUUUGGGAUCUCGACAGAUACAUGAUUGUUACAUUCCCUACUGGAAAACAAGCUUUGCAUUUUAGUAUUAUCGGCGCAUCGAAAUUUAAGUAAUAUACACUGAUCUAUUAACUAAUUCCAGUCUACUUAGAACACAAGUUUAAGCGAAAACCACAAACGUUACUAAUGCCUAUUAUUCCACGCAUACUAACACAUAUUUGACAGUUUAAAAAAAUUGGGUUUAAGCGAUUCAUAAAAUGUACUUAUUAUAUUUAGUUAACUAAUAAAAAACAACAAAGGGACUCUUUAAGUGUACGUAUUAUCUGUUAAAUGUAUACAACUAUUUUCGUUACUUGGCUUUUAAUUGUCAAAACUAAAUGUGAAAUAAAAUUUAAUGAAAAAGCCCUUUAUUAUACAAUACAAACAUGUAUACUUGUUGCUAUUUUAACGGUGUGUAAUUUUUGGAUUCAUAUAUUAAUAUGGGACUUCAGCAAGAAGGAAUAAUUACAAACGAUGUAGAGUAUGUAAUUUUUUUUUAAACUUAUUUGAAUAUAUAAGUAUUUCAUAUGUAAUUUAGUUUAAGCUGCUUCAAUGGAAUACAUGCGUAAAAGUUUGCACAUGUAUGAUGCCUUAAUAAGAAGAAAAAUUAAUAAUAAAAAAAAAGCUUUUAAAGUGACUUUGUCUUUCUAAUUUUUUAAUCCAAAGAGGCAAAUAAAGCCUAAGCAUCUUACUAAUUUAAAUUUAAUAUAUACAUUAAAGUAAAUUAAGUACAAUAUUGAUGGUACAUAUAAAUGUAACAAUGCACACACAUACAUUCAUACAAACAUACCAAAAUGCAUGUAUUACCAAUUAUUAUAAUAUUAGUCAAACUUAUUGCAAAUUAAAUAUUAACGUAAAAUCCAUUUCCUAUCGAUGCAUGAGAGGACACCGCAUAUUUGUAAUGCAAGACACAUGCCUACGAUUAACCAAAUAAAUGCUUAAUCUAAUACAAACUA